GUGCCUUUAACAAACCAAGAUGAAUCCUUACGAAUCGGAUUUCGAGAGAAUCGUCGAUUUUCCCAACAUGGAUGUUGAAGGGGUAGUUUUCGAAAAAGUAGAAAACCGAGAGACAGUCGACGAUCUGAUGUACGUUCGUAGCAGUGCUGAAUUCUCGGAGAUAACACGCAUUUCCGCUGGAUUGGAAACUGUUCGGACUUACUCCGGCAGAAAGGGAAGUAGAUCUUACCGAAACUUCACAACUGAGAGAGAUUCAUGCGAAGCUUAUCUUUCAGCUUCGGAAAAUGUAGUCUACUUCCAGAAGAUGAACGCCCGUAUAGUUUUUCCAGAGCUGUACGAAUGCCACGUUGGAAGAAAGUCCAGAAAGCCUGCAAGCAGAUUUGGAAGCUUCUCCACAAGGGGAGAGAGCAGAUAUUCCAAUUUGAUCAGGGCCAUUAAAAAGAAGCAAGAAUGCGAGUUUUGUGUCAGGAAUGACGAAUGCUAUUGCAAAGAUGAAAAACACGUACUCCUCACAGCACUGGCAAGGGGCUGUGCCAUGUCCAGAGAGUUGCAAAAGCCAAGGCCACUAUUAUUCACAGAUAUAGAUAAACUGGAACGAAGCGUUGGAAAGACCAUAGCUAAUAACAAAGGGGGAUCUAUAACAAGGAAAUAUAAAGAAGAACAUUCAUCCAGCAGAAAUAAAAACGAAACUAAUAAACAUAAGGUCGAAAAAGUGAAAAAAACCUAUGAAGAACUUGAUAGUCACGGCCAGACUGCCAAAAACAAAGGAUAUGAUGGGAAAAACGUUAGAGCAAUGGAUCAAAACAUUAGAGGGCAACGCAAGGCACAAGCAGGAGAAUCUACUGAUAAGGAUCACCAGAUAAGGGACUCCUUGAUUCUACCAAGGAGCAGCAUUAUCAGUAAAGUGGAAUACACUCCACUUAAAGCAACCAAACUUAAAUUCCUCUUUCCUGAGAAUAUCAUUCAGAACGAUGCAGCAGAUGAAAAAGGAUCUCCUGAAGAAGUUGCUGUGUCUUGUGUCUGUGAUGAAACUGAAACACAGAAACAGGAUAAUUUCGAUGAAAAAACUGAUGAUCGAACCUGCAAUUCAAAAUGUUUCAGUAUCGACAAAAACGAAAUCAUUCCUAUCCUCGACAAAUUCAUUGAGGAAAUCGAACGCAUAAAAUUGAAGUGCCGUUGCAAACCCAGAAAAGUGUGCUUCAUGCAGGAUUCUUGUACUCAAACUAGCGAAGCAAAUGGUAUGUUCAGCGAGCUCUGUGUUGAUUGUUUUCCAAUUGAGCUCACAGAUCCGAACCCCUUCAAGUUCAAGCAACAGGAUCGCAAGAACGACAACAAACAUAUUUAUCGAUAUCUCAGUUUCAAAAGGCGACAAAUGGAACUUUUAGAAGAUUCUUUCGUGUUGCAAUUCGAUAGCCACGAUGAGAAGUGCUUAAGAGAGGCUUUUUUUCGUUUUUCAUCACAGUCUUGCAGUUGAUUGUUGUUAAUUUAGUUGUUAUGCCCGGUCAUGUUGUGAGUUGUGUCGAAUAAAGUUUUGAAAUUAA